AUGGAUUCCAAUACAAUAACGACAGAUGAAAGUUUAUUUAAAUUACAAUGUUUAAUUAAAACUGCUGAAAUACAGCAUAGCGUGCAAUGCAAACUUGGAAGGAAGCUGUUUUUAGCUCUGGCAACUAACAAUUCUGACAUUAUUCUCUAUCUUAAAAGAGAAUCGUCUUGUCUACCUGUGAUUAAAAGAAUACCUUGGUUUCAAGCACCACAUAAACAAAUUGCUGCUUUUUGUUUUGACUCAUGCGGUACUUGGUUAUUAUGUGUAACACUAGAUAGUUCAUUGUAUAUAAUUCCUGCUUUAGCUUUAGUUGGAGAAAGUCAAGUUAUCAACAAGAAAUGGAAGACUGAUGAUGUGACUUAUAUUCCUUUUAUGACUUCUCAAUUUUCUCAUUUCAGACCAACUGCUAUUACAUGGUGGAAGGAUACAAAAUUGUCUGUUGACAUAGCUAUUGUAGGAACUGAGUGUGGAGCAAUUAUACUUAUAAAUCUUUCCAAUGGACAACAAGCAGGUGUAAUGUACAUCAAUGGAAGUAUUAACAGUUUACAAGUCUGCCAAAAUGAAAGCAAUGAGGAUACAUCUCUCUUGAUAACUAAUAAAUUUCAACAACAGUGGCGUUUGCUUCUGGAGCAACACACGUAUAAUUUUUUAAACAAUCUUGAAAGCAAGGAGCCACACAAUGAUGUAAACUUAAACAGCACUAUUUAUGAUAACAUAGAAGUAUCUGUCCCUAGUAAAUCUAAGUUACAAGAAUUCAAACAGCUUUCUGUUGAAAAAUUAACAAUUCUUAAGCAGAAGUUAAUUGAGACUAAAAAUCAAACAUUGAGAGAGAAUAGUUUACAAUUUCAUGAUACCUCAAGUAAUAAAACAAAUGGUAGUGGAAUUUCCACUAGUGCAGAAACAUUAUCAGAAUCAGAGCUAGGUUUUAUUGGCCCAGAACCGAUACUGAAAGAUACUUUCCUCUCUUCACAAUAUGACAGAGAAGGUCGGCAAUUAUAUACGUGUUAUCGUCCUCUUACCAGUCAUAUCACAGUACACGGUCCAGACUUAGCUGCGGUACCUUUAUCGAUACAUAAAGUUUUCGAAUCUUGUGAAACUAUUUUACUAGCGCACAAAUUCUUUUUUGUUACUGAUAUUAGUCAACAUGAGAUAUAUAUAAUAUCCGACCAAUUAUCUGAGAGUCAUAUAAAUGGAGACUGCGGGUUUAAUUCCGAGUCCAUAGUCGGAGUUUUUUCAUUUAAAAACUGUAAGGAAGUGAUACGCGCAGUAUAUAAAGUAACUAAAUUUCAUAAUAUAAUAUCGAAGAAAGUCUUUCAAGAAAUUGAAAGUAAAUGUACGUUAGCAAAGAAUGCAAAGGACGCUAAAAUAGAAAUACCCACUUUGGAUGCCUGCAUAAUUGUUACAGAUCGUUGUGUAUAUGAAGUUAUUUUAAGAAAAUCAUUCCUGUCGGUUUUCAUGGAACUAAUAUUGAAAAAAAAUGAACUGGAGAAAGCGGGAAAAUUAGCAACAAUCUUUGGACUAAAUGGACAGCAUUUUUUGGAGUAUGCUGGCGAUAUAUUUUUGUCGAAUAAGGAAUUCUCACGUGCAGUAACUUCUUAUAAAAUUUCUAAGUGUAAAUUAUUGAAAAGUGUUUUAAAGUUCGCAUCAGUUGGUCAUACUUCAGAACUAUUGAGUUGUCUUACUCACUGUUUAUUAACACCAGCUAUUAUCGAAAUGCAUAUUGCCACUAGGAUACAUUUGUCCAAUUUAUGUGUACUUGCGUUUAUCGAGAUGACUCUAAGGGUUUGGUCCGAGCAAUCUAAAGCAAUAUACAAAGAGUUCUUAUACUUUUUAUCCACGAAUACGUUUUACGAUGAGUUGCUAGCUAUUAAUGUAGCUGGUCAAACUUAUCUCUGGGAAGUGCUGCAUCAUUUAGCUACGCAGAGAUGUCUAUAUGGCCAGAUGUUGGAUAUUCUUAUAAAAGCGGUGCAAACGUUUGGCACGAACGACUUUCACUCAAAAUCAUAUGGUUUACUCAUAUGUUUAAGUGAAUCUGGUCUAAUGCAAGCGAUGUUAUUGAACCAUGAUUUAGCUAGAUCUCACAUGUCGUUCGUACGUAAUAAUCUGCGGGAUUCUCAAAUUUUUGUGCUUCAGAGAUUAGUAACACUGUACGAUCCAACGAGUCCAGUAUUACGAGCUAGACUAAUGAAAUGUAAAGAACGCCAUAGAGCGACAUCUUAUAGUCGACUAUCUAGUCAAUGUGAUUUUAUAGACGUUACGGAUAAUAUUGAUCAACCGGAUACGCUUAUAGAGGAGAUAAUAGAAACGUUUACAUUAGUUCUAUUGACACUUAUUCAUAAGAAGCGGGUAUUAAAUCCGAACUAUAAACCCAUUUUUUUAUAUGAUAGAGAAUUACCAAAGAUAAGUAAGGAACACUUGGAGAUGGCACCGCAUGUUAAUUUUAAGAAGAGAAUACUAAGCACUGGAUUUUCUCAUGUUGCUCUAAUUAGAAAUACUAAUAUCUAUACUUGGGGUAGUUCGGUGCAAGGUUGCUUAGGUCUUGGUUCGUGCGUGCUACGGUAUGGUGCGCCUCAUGCCUUAUGUUUCUUCCGAAGCAUGAACAUAGAAGUCUUUAGUGUAUCAUGCGGACAUUGUCACACCUUGGCAGUCACUAAUAACGGAAUCUACGCUUGGGGAGCCAGUCAAUUUGGGCAGUUAGGUCUCGGAAAGGUACUACAGUGCUCGAGUCCAGAAUUAGUUACUUCACUGGCACAAGAGAUAAUCGUUGACGCGGUAGCUGGACAAUAUCAUUCGGUAGCACUGACCGCAGACGGCAGAAUGUUCACUUGGGGUUGGGGUGUUCAUGGUCAAUUGGGCCACGGUAACACUGACGAAAAAAGUAUACCAAUGUUAGUUACAUCUCUGCUCGGUGUGGUUGUGUGUCAUAUCAGCGCCGGUUACGCGCACACCUUGGCAUUAUCUGUAGACGGUAUUGUAUACGCUUUCGGGUGUAAUGUACUGGGUCAAUUAGGAUUAGGUAGCAACAACAAAAGUUCGAUCCCGAUGAAAGUGUCGUUACCGGAAGGAAUAAGACUUAUAAGUACUGGAUACUUUCAUAAUCUAGUUGUCAGUAAUACGAACAAAUUAUAUACAUGGGGUGCAAGUCCUCAAGCUCUUAGAUUACAAGCACAAGCACAAAAGAAGAGUCGUAUACUAGAGCAACAAGAUGCUAGUGAGAAAAGAAAGAAAACUUUAGAAGAUUUAGAGAAAAUACCAAACAGCAGCCUAAAUCUAGAUGAAGAAAUGAAGGAGUUCUUGGAAGAGAACGUGCAAACAAAGUCGGAACAAACAGAAACAAUUACUUCCGACGUAGAAAUACAAAAGAAACUAUCUGAGAAUGCAAAUCUAAGGAAUUUGAAUAUCGGUUUUAUCGAAGAAGAUCAAACACACUUAAAGCCAUCUGUAGUGGAUACAAGCUUGGUGAAAGGACAGAUUACUCAGAUAUCUGCCGGUUGCCACCACAAUGCGCUGAUAACAAAAGAUGGUUCUCUGUAUGCAUGGGGUCGUAACUUUGAUGGCCAAAUAGGUAACGGUACGAGACGGGACGUGUCAAUUCCGACACCUUUGUAUUAUAAUUCAGCUUGUAUCUUUGCACAAGUACCUCCUAGACAUAAUGAUUGUAAGAGGAUGCAAAAAGACUUUGAUAAUAAUGCUAAGUCGAACGAUUCGUUGAAUAACGGGAAUGUAUCUGAAGCUAAUGGAAAUUUCUCUAAUACGUCGAAGUCAACGGACACAGAACACGUUGCACCGAAUAAAGAGAGAAUGAAUCCUAUCAUCAAUACCGUUGCGAUUGCUUGUGGAUACGAUUAUACAGUCGCAAUACAACCAGGUGGUACAGUACUAGCUUGGGGUAACAAUAGCAGAGCGCAAUUAGGUCGUAUCCCUGCGAAAGAGACACGCGAGACCGACGAGAAGCUCGUGUUGCUGAAAUCGUCGAAGCGAGUAGUGCGACUUCCUCACACAAUGCAUGUGGUUCUGGACGUUCCUAGUCAAGUGCCCGGUAUUUCAACCCCGGUAAUAUCUUAUCAAAUCAACGACAUGUCUUCUCUCGCCGGAUUCGUUUGUCCUUUGAGCGUGAUUGAAAAAACACCAGGGGAACUGACGCUUCAUUAUGUCCUGGAGCAUUUCUAUGGCUUAUAUUGCUCUGCUAGUAUUAUGGAGAAGUGUAUCGAAUUGGAAAAUUAUCAAGCUUGCUCUAAAAUAGCUGCGUUAGAUGGCAAUAUUUUGGCUGCUUUUAAUUAUCAAUUGAAAAUGUUGCACAAAUUAAGUCUUCAAUCAUCUGCAAAUUAUUUAAUGACGGAAGUGCCGCAUGAAACAUUGGGGUCCACAGCCAAGACUACUGCGCAAAAUGUAGACGCAAUAAAGGAAUCAAUAUCGUCGCAUAAUAUCAAGAAGAAUACUGAAUUAUUUAACAAACAAGCGGAGAAGAAUCUCAUGGAAUCCUUAGAGGAUAGUGUGGCGAGAAGUUGGGUAAGAAUUCCAACGAGUAGAUCAUUGAAUAAUCUGCAGGCGCUCACGCAAGAAUUGUACACUUUCGACUGUCAAGGAGGUUUGGAAGGAUUAUGUAGAAAUCAGAGAAACGAGGAUCUUCCGCCCGCGAACAUAGACGCGGAUUACUCUGACGUCAAAUCUAACGCGAAUGAGGAUGAGCAACAAAAGCAGGUCGAGAAUUUUAUUUUUAACGAAAACGAUUUACUGCCGCAGCGUAAAAAUGUCGCGCACAGCUCUGCACAAAAUGUAACUCGGUCAAUCUGCACGGAUACGAUGGCGAUGAACAACAAUCAGAUGGAUCAGCCCGAUACGUAUAAGGAGAAGAAUGUCCUCUCCGACAAAAUGUCGUCGCGUUCACAGAGAAAUUAUAUUAUUAAUGAGACAAUUAAAGCGCUCAAAUUUUAUUUAAGCAACAUCGAUAAUGAAACGAAUACUUCGAAAUGUGAGUUACUACAAAGCGCUAUUGAUUUCUGGGUUGAGCACAACUUACCAAUGCAGAGUUUGGAGAAUAUUUUCCUUGAACACAUACAUAUUAUUUAUUAUCCACUUGGAUUAUUGUUAUUCUGUCAAAACGCGAUAGGAAGAUACUUAGACGCAAAUAAAUACAAUAAUACGAAUGACAAGAGUUUCUGCGUAGUCGAUUUGUUCUCAGUCAAGUUCUGCCUUCAAGUACUGUCCUUGUUGUUGCAACAUAUAGAUCAAGAUGAGAUUAUGCCCGAAUAUAUGAAAAUCUUUUCUUGUUUAAUGGCCGACCAUUACGGCGCACCUUUGAACGGAUAUCCGGGUGCAAGUGAAAAUAAUAGCCCAGAGCAGAUGAUGGAAGGAAUUAUCAGUACGAUAUUUUCUGAAAUGGAAGAUACCAGAUUGUUCGCACAUAUUAAGGACUCGGAUGCUGUGCAUCGUUUGCUUAUGACGGAAGAAGAUAGUAUGAUAUUCACUUGUGGACAUCAUUUUCCGAUAUCUGUGUACAACACAAAGAUAAUCCCGACAAUGGAGACUGAAUUGCUGACGUUUCCGUCGUUAGUUCUUCCGUGUACGUCGCAAUAUUUAGGAAACAUGUUUUCUCGCACCUCCAGGCCGGAAAUUUUGUGUCCACUGUGUAUAGUCAGAGCAUUAAAAGCGACAGUGGAGAAAAGUUACAAGUGAAAUUGUAAUGAGGUAAUUAUAACCGUGUCUGUAUCGGAAAAAGUUUUCCUUAGAUAAAAUUAUGUAUACCAUAGACGACCAAUGCACUUCUUAGUAGUUUCAUAAUGAUCGAUAUUUAUUUGACACGUUGACUGCUACGCUGAUUUCCACUAAUUAUUUCAAAGUUUAACAUUUGCGACCGUUGACGAAAUGUACAAAGCUUAGUACUACGUCAAUGGUCGCAGAUACGUUAAUUACGGUUUGAGUAGUCAAUAAUACGGUAAAUCAAUACGAUUUACUUACUAGAUAAAUCUACCGUGCAUAUAUUUAUUAGCUCGUUUUAUUAGAUGUCUGUUGACUAUUUAAUUUAUUAUAUGUAGUAAAAUUAUAUCUUACACAUAAAUUAAUUAGAUGCAGCAAUAUAUCGUCGAUAAUUCCCAUGACAGUCAACAUGUUAACAGUUUUAAAAAACUAUAAUAUAAAGGUAUUGAGACUAUAUAUAUAUAUAUAUAUAUAUAUACAGGGUGUCCCGCAUAAGACAU